UAGAAAAGCUUACUUAUCAAAGAAGAAAGAAAUUUCAUCUUAACAUUGUUUAGAAUUAAAUUUAUCAUUUGCAGAUACUUCAUCUAGAUUGUCAUAUCGACGUUAUGUGUAAAGUGAUAUUGGAUGAUCCUCUCAAAAAUAAGGAACAAAUAAACUUUUUUAUCAGCAGGCAUAAAGAAAUUAUUCUAUUUGCAGACAGAAUUGAGAAACUUUUUACAUAUAUAACUCUUAGCCAACUUACGUCGAACACUCUGAUCACUUGCUGUUUGGGAUACCUUAUUGUAAUGUCGGUACAUACUGAGAACGGACUGUUUCUACUAAUUAGAUCUGUAUUUUUCUACGUUGUUAUUUGUUUGGAAAUAUUCAUAUACUGUUUUUCUGGAGAACAUCUGAAUACGAAGAGUAAACUAAUUGGGGAUACAAUAUACGAAACUGACUGGUAUGAUUUGCAUCCGAGUGAAAGGCGACUUUUGGUACUUUUGAUUUUAAGAUCUCAAAAAGGAUUUAUGUUUACUUGUGGAAAAUUUACCACUCUUUCAUUGGAAAGCUUUACGAGCAUUAUGAAAAUUUCGGCAUCCUAUGUGUCAUUUCUUCUUGCAAUGUCCUGAAAUGUGAAAUUCACAAAUAGUAUAUGCAUAGUUUUCUUUCAUAUAGAUAAAUCUAUAAAUACUUCACCUGGUAAAAUUUCAUUUAAUAAACAUUUACUAUGAUGUAAAUCCACUUACAUAUAAAUGAAACUAAGCUUAUCAUCUGUAAGACGAUAAUUAACCACAAUAAACUACACACGCGCAUAUAUCAAACAGAUAGACGUUUCACUGUCUUCAGUUUGGUAAAGUAUUAAGUGACACUUAGGUAUUCAAGUUUAAGUUUCCUAAUACGACGUUUCCACUAGCGAUCUAAUAAAUUGUUGAUCCCUCUGAUUUACUAUGCAGUUGCGUGUCGUAUGCACAUGGUACCCUAUAUUUUUCACGGAAAUCAUUUAUCAUUGCAACAAAGUUCAAAUUGUGAUUUCAACAAUUCAGCCCUCGAUUUCUGCUGUACCCACGGAAUCGGUACUUUAUUAUUUGCAAAAUUUAUGUGGAAAAUGCAAUUGCAACGCGACAGCUGCCAUAAGCAUGUGCAUCACGCAAUAAGUUUUUUCGAAGCGUUCAGUUUAUCGCAGAUCGUUGUUCAAGCACGUUGAUCGUUCAAGAAUCCGCUACUGGUGACAGUAGUGAUACCAGUGAAAGAAAAACAGAAGAUGGUUCGUGUUUAAUAUGGGCCAGUGAAUUGUAAAGGAAAAUUUGAGAGGAUAAAGGCAACGUAAGAACAGUUUUG